AGCACGCUGGCGACCACAAGCCUUGGGAGCAUCUCCGCCGCGCACGUAUCCGGGCGCAGGGUUUGUGUUUUUAUAUAUAUAUAUAAACUGUUGCUUAUUCUCUCCAGCAACGUCCGAGGCAAACAUGACAUUCAGGAGACUCAAAAAGGUCAAUUCAGACGACCCGGGGAGCGGACCGUCAACACGGGACGGGGACAUUUAUCAUUUUCCUUCAUCCAAAUCGGACAGUUGCAGGACUGCGGAGUCGCCGUCAAACGCCUCGGACGUGUACAACUACAAGACGCUGGCUUACUCCGGCGGGACGUUGCCCAGAAACUUCAAAAGGGGCAGCGGACUGCAGAAAUGGAAACCACUGACUCAAUCACCAGAACCAGAGAGGAAGGCGGUCAUCCUGGAGAAGCAGGAUGGGGAAGCGUUUGGCUUUGAGAUCCAGACAUAUGGGUUGCAUCACCAGGACCAGAACUCAGUGGAGAUGUGCACAUUUGUGUAUAAGGUGCACGAUGACAGCCCGGCCCAGCUCGCGGGCCUCAAAGUUGGGGACACCAUUGCAAGCGUGAACGAGACCACGGUCGACGGAUUUCAGCACAAAGAUAUUGUGCAGCUCAUCAGGGCCUGUGGUAACACAAUUCGGCUAGAGACGGUUUACAGCGACUCCAUCCGAAAAGCGGAGCUUGAAGCCCGGCUGCAGUAUCUCAAGCAAACCCUGCAUGAAAAGUGGGAUGAAUAUAGAUCGUUGAUGAUGCAGGAACAGAGGCUUGUUCAUGGCAUAGUAAUGAGUGACGCUGCGGUGUACGAGUCCCUGGAGUCAGCGGGAGUGUAUGGGAGUCUGGGUGCUCCCAGCCCCGCCGCCCUGAGAGCCCUCCACUGCACCGGCAGCACCAGCAGCAGCGCCAGCUAUCUCAGCACAGCCACCGAGGACGACCCGCUCUACCAGACCUGCCUCUACCAGGCGGACCGCAACAUCGAAUCGGAUGGCGCUGAGAAAAACCAGCAGAGAGAAGAGCAGCUAUCGCAGAGGCCGCACCGCCUUCGUCCAGCAAGCGAGUUCUUUACAAGUGCCAAGACCCACUUGACCCGCAGCGCCAGCACACGCAGCUACUUGAGGGGCUCUUCCUCGUCCUCAUCGACGACGGCUGCGGGAGAGAAGCAAGGAGGAUUCAACUCGCUCCAGCGAAAGCCCAAACAGAAGAGCUUCCGCAGGCGCCUCCUCAAAUUCAUCCCUGGCUUGAACCGACCGCUGGAAGAGGAGGAGAGUAAGCUCUGAGAGCCGGACUAGAGUUGCGCACCCAAAAAUAAAGUGAAAAAGACCCAAAGACUGAGAUUAACGGGGGACGUCCUAGCGGGCUGGCCAAAGAAUACAGUGUAAACGGCACCAAAGAGUGAAUUGAAUGAGACCAAAGCGAAAUAGCCCUACAGUUGCACCUCUCCGUAUUUAAAUGUCUAAACACGCCCCUUUGGCUAGUGAUUUGUUUAGCAUCUGUACAGGACUUUUUUUUUUUUUUUUUUUUGCUGUUUAAAUUAUUUAUUUAUUUUUUCUGAUUUAUGUACAGUAUGAAGGAUAUUUCAGUUUUUACUGCAUGUACCAAGUUUGAUUCUGUUCAACAAAUGACCCCCUUAGGAUAAUGAUUGUACAAGACAACAUUUUGUAUGGCACAAAUUUGUUCCCUUUGUACUUUUGGGUGUCUGUUUGAUCCAGUUUUGUCUUGCCAAAGUUACAGAGCCUAAAAAUAAAUAUGUGGC